AUGGGAUUACCAGUUAUGUAUGCGUGCCAUGUAAGCCAUAUAUAUAUUUUUUAUUUUCAGUGCUUUUCCAUAAUCGUUGAAAAUUUUUCAACUGUAUCUCAGUUUCCAACUGUAUUUCAGGAUCAUGCAGCUUUAGCAUCUACAUUAAGCGUUUCAUCACCUAAAAAAACUAAUAUUGAAGAACAUAAUGGUGGGAAAAACAAUGACCUAAAGAAUGCUCAUCACUCUGGUAAAACAGCGAAGCAUGAUUCAUCCAAACAUGAUGAAACUUCAGCUAAAAAAGGACAAACAACUCAUACACACAAAACCACCGAAGAUGAAGAAAAAUCUGGGAAAAAACAUUCCAGUCAUGACUCUGCAAAUCAUUCAAAACACCACCAUAAUGCCAAUCACGAAAAACAUCAGGGCAAAUAUAGCGACGGGCAUAAAGCAAAAAAAACUAAUUUGUUAAAAGGCUAUCGACAGCAAUAUCAUAAACAUGAACGCAAAAACCACGAUAGUUUUUGGAAUAAUGGCGAAAAGAAAGGUAAUUAUGAAAAAUUUGGCAGUGCACAUCAUAAGAAACACGGUGAAUUUCGAAAAAAAUCAGCGAAGCAUACGAAAGGUGAAAAAGGUGAAAGUAAUUCUUACGCUAAUAAAAAGACGUAUAAAAUUGAAAAGCCGGCCCAUAAUCAUGAUGGAAAACAACACUUGAAGUUGGGAAAUUUACAACCACAUUCUGGAACAGUUAUAAAAAAAUAAUUUUCUGUAUACCAAAUGGAGCUCCUUAUGAGUCAGCUGGCCGGGAAGCCCUCUUUAUGGAUGCUCGAAUUUUCUUCCAAUAGGAUAGAAUUAGUUUUUAUUCAAUGUACCUUAUUUUUAUAAUUUUACAUUUAUAAAUUCCAAUAAAAGAGUUAUAACAG